AUGUUCAACCCAGCGCGCAAAGCCAUUAAAACAAUAACGAGCCAUAAAAAUAAUAACGAUAGUGAUCGCACAACUCUUCCGCCACAAACCCUGCCUAAACAAUUCUCACUAGCUCAGUUACGCGAUGAAGUGACGAGCAGUGACAGAAAUAAGAACAAAACUGAUGAAUUUCAGAAUCUUCUCAUACUGAAUAGCUGCCUAACGAAUCGAGAGCGGCUUGACCGGGACAGCAGUGAUGACAAUGAGGCUGCCAUAGAUUUACUCGUUUGGACUUCUCGGGCUAUUCUCCCUGAUGGAAGCAUAAUUCCUCAAGAUGAUGCUCCUGAAGAGAUCAGCAAAGAAGCCCGCGAGAAGGCUCUAACCCUCAUCCGCCAAAAAGCCAACCACGGCCUCAAAAUUCUUCAGCAACUGAUUACAAAGAUCUACCCAUCUGCCCCAAAAUCACUUCCAGAAUCAGUUCUACUCUCCUUAAUAGCAUACACAAACCCCUCACCCCACACUCCUUGGACGUCCCCAUCCUGCUCAGAAAUCGCAACCACCAUCCUCUCAAAAUAUACCCAUCAAACCCACACCCAGGAAUUCUUCUCAGUCUACCUCCUUCAAAAGGUCAUCCGGCCUUUCUUCUCGACCUCCGCACCCGAAACCGUAACCUCCACCGGUAGAAAAGCAAUCCCCUCAUCCGCGCCCCAAAAAAAGACCGGAACAGAAGAAUUCGAACGCAGUCGAAAACCAUGGAAAUACGACGCCACAACCCUCAUCUCCCAAACAUGGUACCAAUUCACACCACCCCUCCUAACCCUCCUCGACGACCCCUCAACCCCAAUCCGCAUCCAAGGCGCCGAACUACUCUCCCUCUUCCUCCCCCACAUCUCCUCCACCCUCCUCCAGCAAUCCGGUCUCGGCUCACUAUUCGAAGACGCACUCAUGCCUACCCUCAUGUACCUACCGAAUCUCACGCCGCUCGAAGAAUCACUGCAACUCUUACCAGCGGCUUAUGAAGCCCUCCUCGUUCUAUGCGACGCCCGCUUCCCUCAACACUCUAACAAUGAAAGCAAGGGGAAGAGCACAGCGCUAACAGCGCCAAACGAGAAAGAACGAUCGAAAUUCAGAGAAAUUGAAACUUCACGCCUCAAAUUCCUAGACCGCAUCGCCCGAAAAGGCAUCUUCGCAGGUUUCGCCCACUCGCGCGAACACCCUGAAAUAGUACAACUCCUAAUGAACUACCUCACGAUCUUAAUCGACAAAAUGGGAUUAAACACCGUUAAACACCUUAAAGACAUCAUCCCCCUCCUUGCCUCCCCGCUGACUGAUCCGUUUGCUACUGCUCGUCCGGGGCUGCUGUUGGCUGCGCUGGGCUGUUUGCAGGGUGUGAUUUUGAAUGCGUGGGUGAGGAUUGUGGGGGAGGGGGCGUAUAGGAUUGAGGUGCUUAGGGUGUUGGUGGUGGGGUGGAGGAAUUUGGUGAUGGCAGGGGGUAAGGGGGUUGGUGAGGAAAAGGGGGAUGGGAAAGAGGGAAAAGGGGGGUUAGGAGAUGUGAGGAGGGAGAUGAAGGUUGCGGCACGGAUGAUGGUUAGUGCUGGGGCGAGAGGGGAUGUUGAGAUGUUAGUUCGGGGAGUGGAAGGGGAGGGGUUGGAUGAGUUGUUUGGGAUUGGGGUGUGA